AUGCAAAUACAAUCAAGCGGAUUCUCACUCCUCCUCUCCGCCCUCCUACCCAGCCUGGCAUCCGCGUCUGGUUUCGACUGCGCGGACAUUAGGCUCAACAAUUACAAAUACGAUCUCAGUCCCCUAAAAGGUGUCCAUGAGGUGACUAAUACCGUGACGACGGACGACUUCGUGACGAAUACAACCUACCGAUUGAAUAUCUGUAAUAUUCUCGGUAGUGCUGCCCGGUUUGACGGCGCGACGUGUGGGACUAGCAAAAAUAUUUGUGGAUUCGCUCACCGAAAAGCAAAGGAUGGAAAUGGUGGCUCUACGUUCGGAUUCCCGAUCGUCGGCCUUGAACCCCUUGGCCAAGGCUCGAAAAACCCACAACUGAAGCGAUUGAAGGAUCUCGACCCGGAGACCGAGGGGCUGCGCGUUAGGCUGGAAGGUGGCUCAUACAAGGGAGAUGGCAAUGAUCAGAAGGCCAAGAAGGCAGCCGCUGUCAUUGACUUCCAGUGCGACCACGAGCGAUCUGGACUGGAGGGCCUGCGUACCCUUGCAGAUGAAUUGGAGACGAAGGAGCGACGAAAGAGAGUGGAAGGCGAGGAAGGUGGUGGCUUGCCGGCGGGAAACAGCACCUCGGGCAACAGUACCAGUAGUCUGCAGUUCAAGAGCUUUGCUCAGUCUGAUGAUGAUACCUACAUCCUGAGACUGGAUUGGCGCACAAAGUAUGCCUGCGACGAGUUCGAGGAUGACAAGGGCGAUACUCCUAGCUCUAAGAGCUGGGGUUUCUUUACUUGGUUGAUCAUCAUUGCCUUCCUCUGCAUCGCUACUUACCUCAUCUUUGGCUCAUGGCUCAACUACAACCGUUACGGCGCCCGCGGCUGGGACCUACUCCCUCACGGCGACACCAUCCGCGAUAUCCCCUACCUCUUCCAAGACUGGCUCCGCCGUGUGAUCAAUACCCUGCAAGGAUCGGGCUCGCGGGGUGGGUACAGUGCGGUAUGA